CUUAAUCUCUCUUCUCAUCGUUUUGUAGUCUUAUUGAUUUGUAAGAGCCUAUUUAUUGUCAUAUGCUGGACCAGCAAGACAUAUCACAAUGAUACAGAUUAUUAUAUCUAUUCUUAUUCUUUUUCAAUUUUUCUCUUUUGAAAUACCCAUAUCCUUCUCUUUGGAGUAAACACUACUCGAUCAUCACUUGAAAAAGUGCAAUCAAAACCAUUCACAUCCACCUAGCCAUUUUGUUUGAAACCAUAUGAUAGGGAUGAGUGGAAUAAUAUUGUAUGAUGUAGUUGGAAUUGUUGGCUUCUUCUUCAUCUGUCAUGCCCUGUUGCUAUCUUAUGUUAGUGCUAAAGACACACUUGCGCCUGGAGAAUACAUAUUACCCACUGAUGAAGUUUACUUGAGGUCUUCAAACAAAAUCUUCGAGUUAAAACUCAUCAGGGGGCCGCCGGGCAAUAGCUCUACCUCUAGCUGCUAUUUGUGUAUACAGUUCACAGAGUAUCCAAUCCUUGCAGCUUCCCAACAAAUGAUUGUUUGGGUAACUUGGCUCGGCCAAGCUGAAACUUCUUCCGUCCCGGUGUUAAAAAUGGAAAGAGACGGCCGGUUGGUGGUAUCUGCUGAUCAUGAAUUCGUUGUAAACGAUGAUCGACAAUAUCCAUAUGCUAUGAACACAACCGCAACUCUACUUGAUACGGGCAACUUAGUCUUGCGAAUAGUAGGGGGUCAUACCCAUACGUCGUGGCAAAGUUUCGAUCAUCCCACUGCUAAUACUUUGCUCCCGGGUAUGAUAUUGGGUAGUAGAUUCGGGGUGAAAACUCGAGGGGUCCAUUGUUUGACUUCUUGGACUAGUGAGGGGAACCCUUCUCCUGGUGAUUUUAGCUUGUGUGUUGAUCCAAACAACCCCAAGCAGCUAAUUGCCACACGAAAAGGGAUUGUUUAUUGGAACAGUGGGGUCUUGAGUGAACACAACAAUAAUUUCCCAUUUCUUCCUGUCCUUUCGCAUCAUCUCACAUAUUUCUUUAGUGACAAUGAAAGCUAUUUUGCUUGGGAUGGAAAUGUAGACCCGCAUUCAACCUUCAUCAGAAUUUUAGCAACCGGUGAAAUUUCAGUAGCGAUAAAUCAUGAUAGAAACUUAUCAAGAGCAUCAAUUAAUUGUGAUCAUAAUGGUACUUACUAUUCCAACGAGGGGUGCGUAACAUCAUCCGAUUGUACUGCUCGAGACAAGUUCAGUUCAACUACUGCUUUCAUCCAAUGGGAACUACAGUUAAAUGAUACCAAAGGUGACUGCAAUGAAAUGUGUGUAAACAAUUGUUCUUGCAACGCUUAUGCUACACUUGAAUCUGAUGGAACAGGCUGCAAAUUUUCUUCUUUCACUGCUUACCGUUACGUGUCUAAUGGGGGCGAAACUUUUUACAUUCGAGAUGCAAAAACAGCAAAUCAAACCCAUCUUCCUCCACCUCCAUAUCCUGCUCCUGCUUUGACAAGGAGCAUGUCACACCACAGAAGAACAACAAUUGUAGCUGCUCUUACAGUAACGUUGUUUGUGACACUUGCUGUGGUUUUCCUAGUAUGGUAUAUGAAUCGAAGAAAAUGUUGCAGUUGCUUCGAAGCCCCAAUUGUACCGUCGUCAUCACAACAACUUGCUAGUAAGGAUGAGGAGUUACCUUUCUUCAAUUUCAAAAGCAUAGAGCUCGCCACAAAUUACUUUUCUGAUGAGAAUAAACUUGGUCAAGGAGGAUUUGGCCCUGUAUAUAAGGGGAUAUUAGCCAAUGGUCAAGAAAUUGCAGCAAAGCGGCUCUCAAAAAUGUCUGGGCACGGAAUUGAACAAUUCAAGAAUGAAGUUUUAUUAAUUUCAAAAUUGCAACACAGGAAUCUUGUUAGGCUUUUUGGUUGUUGCACUCAAGGAGAAGAGAGGAUAUUAAUAUACGAGUACAUUACAAAUAAAAGUUUGGAUUCAAUUCUUUUUGAUGCAAGAAAGAAAACCUGUCUUGAUUGGGGAAAGCGCGUCUCCAUAAUUGAUGGGAUUACGCAAGGGCUUUUGUACCUUCACAAAUAUUCAAGAUUGAAGAUUAUACAUAGAGAUUUGAAAACAAGUAACAUAUUAUUAGAUGUUCACAUGCAUCCCAAGAUUUCUGAUUUUGGAACGGCAAGAAUAUUUGAAGAUAGUGAUUCACCAAUAAACACAAAAAGCAUUAUUGGGACUUAUGGUUACAUGUCUCCGGAAUAUGCCAUGGAUGGUUGUUUCUCUGAGAAAUCAGAUAUAUUUAGUUUUGGAGUCAUGAUAAUAGAGAUUGUAAGUGGAAAGAGAAACAAUGGCUUCUACAAUCCUGAUCGUGUUUCAAACAUACUUGGCUAUGCUUGGGACUUAUGGAUAGAAGGGAGACUCUCAGACCUAAUAGAUUCUACAAUGGAAAAAACAAUUUCAAUUAUUGAAGCAACAAGAUAUAUUCAAGUAGGUUUGCUAUGCGUUCAAGAUAGUGCGACGGAUAGACCAACUAUCUCUGAUGUUGUAUCCAUGCUUGGUAAUGAAUUAAUAGUCUUACCUACUCCUAAACAACCUGGUUUCUCUGCCAUUAUUGGCUUAAAAUGUGUGGAUGUUGUUAAUAAUUUAAAAGCUUGCUCUUGUAAUGAUGUCACAAUUACAGAUAUUGAAGGUCGAUAGCCAUAGUUAGUACAUAUCAUUCUCUCAUUGUGAAAAGACUUUUUGGGUAGCUUUCAUUGUACAAUAAUUGCUGUUAAACUUCACCAAAGAUUGUAAAGCUAUUCUUAUCCUUGAAAGUGAGGCCUUUGCAAAA